GUUAGUGACAGAUACGCAACUUUCAUCAAUGAAUAGUUUUCAGUUCUAAGCUCUUCUUUUUUUAUUCUUUCUCUUCUCCAAAUAGAUAAGUCCCUACUCAAUGAUUAACUCCGAUGUGACCAUGGUUGUGAAAAUUUGAGAGAAAAAAAAUUGUGCUUAAUUGCGAAUGGAUACACUAUAUAUUUUUAAAAUUUCUGUAAUUUGGGUUUAGAAAAUUUUAAGGAAAACAUAUUUAUUGUGGAUUACCUGACAUGUGAAUUAUAAAAAAAGACCCAUUGGAUUAUUUAUUGGAUUAAAAAUGAAGUCAUCAAAAAAACUUGACCCUUUUGUGCCACCGCCCCUCUGCUGGGCCCACCAUCCACACUAUCAUCCACAAAGUCCCAUGCCCGAGGUACCUCUCAUCCACAGGGCCCUGGUGGCCGCCCGUGAAGGUGAUCUGCAGGGACUACAAUUGCUCAAAAAGAAACAGGAACUUUUACAGGGACUGCACGAUGACUUUGGUGCAACGUGUGUCCAUUAUGCGGCACGUGGAGGCCACGUCAAAGUUCUAGAAUUUUUGAUCAACAAAUGCUCCAUGCGUGCGAAUGUUCGAUCUUUUGUGGGUGCUACCCCUGCUCAUGACGCUGCUGCUAUGGGCAAGCUACCAGCAAUGGUGUGGCUUCUAAGGAACACUGAUUGCACAUUGUGGGACAGAGAUAAGGAUGGCGCAACAGUUUUGCACAUAGCUGCUCGAUACGGCAGACGCAGCGUUCUAAAGUGGCUUCUUCGAGAGGCGAAAAUGCCUGCGUUGGAGACAACGGCCACAGGCGCUUUGGCCCUCCACUAUGCGGCGGCCAAAGGGUGCCUCGACUGUGUAAAACUUCUUGUCGAAUCAUGUCCAGAACUCAGUGCGAACACCCAAAUGGAGAACAGUGUUACACCAGUGUAUCUAGCAGCACAAGAGGGUCACCUGGAAGUUCUGAAAUACUUAGUUUUGGUGGCUGGUGGUUCCCUUUAUUUAAGAGCAAAAGAUGGUAUGGCUCCUAUCCAUGCUGCCGCACAGAUGGGGGUUCUAAAAUGUGUGAAGUGGAUGGUGGAAGAACAAGCUAUUGAUCCCAACCUCCGGGACAAUGAUGGGGCAACGCCUGUCCAUUUUGCAGCUAGCCGUGGUCACCUGGAGACCCUAAGGUGGUUGCUGAAACAUGGUGGAAGAAUAUUAUUGGAUAAACAUGGCAAAAGUCCCCUGAAUGACGCCGCUGAAAAUGAGCAUAUGCAGUGCCUAGCUGUUCUGAUUGCCCAUGCGUCAGAUCCCAGACACCAGAGUGAACCAGGAGUAUCAGCGGUUCUGCCUCCCACUGGACCAGCAGCGACCCGCACUGUCCGCAGGUGCACUUGCCGAACGCCUAUGUCAAAUCUGAGGCCGUCACAUAGAAGAACAGAUUCUGACGGUUGUUCUUGCCAAUCUACUGGAUCAGAAGAAAGCUGUAGUCUUACAGACGAUUAUCCAUCUGAUACGACCACAAGCAGUACCCGUUCUUCGAUUCAGGGACCUGGUCGUGGUGCACCCCACACCGUUUUGUCUGGCUGGAAUUUCUACAGUUCCCAUCAUCAAAGCCGAUCGCAACACUCUAAUGGUCACCGCCAUCACUCCCAAGAACGACACUGCAAAGCGAACAAUCCCAAUCACAGGAGAUGCUCUAGUAGUUCCUCUACCCACUCUAAGCGCAUGGACUCUGGAUAUAACGGUGGUACAGGAAGUAUCCACGAAGGUAACACCAGACAUAAUUCUACAGAUACGCUGAACACCUCCCAAGAACCAUUCUUUCUUCACGAGCCAAACAUGACCUCAGACGACAGAGUCAAGAAGCUGUUUGACAACAAAAACAAGAAGAACGUCAAAGAAGAAAAUGGCACGACAGACAACACAGUAAACAACAACAUAAACAAUAAUACCAACGCCGCUCAAAUAGUGACAGUGGAGGUUCACCAUUCUUCUGCCAGUGAGGAUUCAAACAGCGUCUCUGACGUCAGUGAUCCCAUUCCAGACUACGAUGACCAGGGGAGUCAGGCCAGCAGCACAGGUAACAACAACGGCACCCACCGUCACAAAAAGACCAGCAGAGAAGCCAGCAGCUUGAGCACAGAUGAGGGCAUCUACCACGAAGGAGACGACGACGUCGACGAGGAGGAGGAUGAAGAUGAUCUGCAUAGACUGGUUCCUCACCACCCAGAGGACGAAGAAGACGAUGAGGACGAGCUGCAUGACAAUGAGGUCAGUUUCUCUCCUCACCACCAGGAGGAUCUGGUGGCCAUUCGGAACAAGAGGCCGCCCCCGGAACAGGAUGGCCCCUACAUCGGGGGCGGCAACCAUGCGCACGUGUCUCGGAGAGCAUCCAAUCCCGUCGAUGCAACUCAUGAAGACAGCAAGAGAGCGACGGUGAUGGAAAACAACAACAACAAUCUGUCGAAAGAGAAUGGAACCCAGAGAUCGCCAGAAAAGAAGAACGUCAAGCAUACCAAUUCAUCACCGGUACAUCAGGUUACCACUCUGCCAGUGACGAAGAAAUCUUUGGAAAAUGUAUCUUACCAACCUCCCCCGCCACCACCUCCUCUACCAACGAAGAAAAUAGAAGAGAGUAAACCUGUUGCUAGGCCUCCAUCGCCUCCUCCUAUGCCCAAAAUCGAAACAGAUAUUAAUAGAUCAAGAGCCCCUAUACCCCCUCCACCACCACCAGAUCUACCCAUAAAAAUCAGAUCAUCAGACAGCACCACAGACGACGAUUUGGCCUCACAAAAAUCAGAUGAAUCCUCAGUGGAUGGUAGUGAAGGCAAAAGGUAUGUUAAAGCUGCAACAGCAAGAAGGAACAGUCACCAAAGAACUCUACCUUUCAUUCCUCCGCAAUUCAGCUUUCCUCCAGACACGAACGAGAAUAUCCGUCCAUCGGAAUAUCUCAGACAAGCUAAGAGUUCCGGAUCCAAAAGCUCAACACUUAAAUCGAAUUCCACCCUUCACAGGGCAGUGUCUAUGGGUGAACUAGCAGUGUCUGCCAAACCUGAAAAAAUAUCGUAUGGUAGCAGAACGGAGAGUCACGAGACUUUGUUGGAAAGCGACUCUCGAUCUUUUACCCAAAGUCCUGUCAAUAACAGAGAUGAUAUAAGGCCGCAUGCACCUUUGACCAACAGUAACAGUAAUACGCCUCUUUUCAAUAUAACGGUAGAGCAACUACAGACUGUUCACCUCAAGAAAACAGAUAAGCCAUCUACUCCUGAGAGGACGGUGUUGUUGCAGAAAAAUGAUCUUAUUGCAGAGCUGAAGCAAACAAAGGAUAUAGAAGGUGUGAGAAAAAUGAAAGAAGAAAGGAGUAAAAUCGAAGAAGUCAUGACUGCAGACAUGGCCCAGAAUUUUAAAGCGGAAAAGUUCGUGGAUCAAAUUCCAGAAGUAGAUGCAAAUGGAUGUGUCAUUCCACCGUGGAAAAGACAAAUGCUUGCCAAGAAAGCCGCAGAAAAAGCCAAAAAAGAAGCCGAAGAACAAAGAAUUAGAGAAGCGGAAGCAAAGAAACUAAAUUCCAUCCCUCCAUGGAAACGACAAUUGCUGCAAAGGAAAGAUCCCCCUAGUCCAGUGACGCAACUAAAUGUUCACAGAACGGUGUCACAACCUGUUACUAAAACUAUUGAUGCAACACCGCCAAGCACCCCAGAAAAACAUAUUGAAACAUUACCCAAAAGUCCUUGUUCCAGUCCUGACCAAGCUCCAACGGAACAAGAACCUCCACAGAACGAAGAUUCUGAUGAUAUUCCUCCAAAUCCUUGGUUACAACAACUUAGAAAAACAAAAAGUGUUUAUCGAUGACAGUAAACUUUAAGAAUUAACACGAACUAAAUGUAGUGAACUAUUUCCUCACUAACAUAAAAUAAACUUUUGUUACAAGUUUACUUUGCUAGAGCAAGAAAUACAUUUUGAUGUUCCAUUAAAAUAUUUUCCUUUCAUGGAAAAAGUAAGAAAAAAAAACAUCCGGAAGAUUUGAAAAUUCAACUAUUUCAAUAUAAGUUGAAGUUACUAAAAUGCCAAUGUGACAGAAUAUAAAGGUACAAACCUUUUUUUUUACAGAAUUUAACUUUAUUUGAUAGCAGACAGCUUUUAGUUUGAAAUUUGUGAAAAGGUUUUUUUAUGUCUUUUGCUUUUUAAAACUUGACAUUUUUAAAGAUUUGGAUUUAAUUUUGCUCACAAAAAUUAACUUGUUGAAGUUAAUUAUUAUAAAUCAUGUUUCUAAAAUACAGCGUCAUGAUCAAGUGUCGAUUCGAACAACUCCAGAUAUCGUGUCGUGAACAAGUACUGUGUAGUAUUGAGUCAUAUGUUGUCUAAGUCAGAUCUGUAGUGAUAUAUCACAUUCCACUUGAAUAACUAUUUAUAUUGGUGAUAGUCUUUUUUUGUGAUGUUUUUGAUUCAAACAUUUAUAAAACAUCACCUAAAUGUAUAAUUUCUUUGUGUAGUUAAAUUUUUAAACACUUAACCAGGUUUUAAAAUGCUAAAAAUGCUUGUUAUAUUAAAUUACGUUCAACAAAUUUCACACUGAUAAGAUUAAUCCAUAUCUUAAAUUCAAUGAUUGUUUUUACUGAAUUUAUUUUAAUUUUUUAUUGUUCUAUAUUGUGUAAUAAAUUUAUUACAAUUUUUAGUACUUAUUUUUAGAUUUGUAAAAUCAUAUUCGAACUUUGUAUCAUAUUAAAAUAUUUGAUAACUUAGAAAAACAUUUAAUAACUUAGAAAUUUUUUUAAGGACUUAGAAAAAUAUUUAACAACUUGGAAAAAUAUUUAAUAACUUAGAAAAAUAUUUAAUAACUUUAAAAAAAUAUUUAAAUCAAUAUUCGUUAUAUAAUUGAAUUUCUACAGAUAAAUCAAUGAAACUAAUGUUUGACUGCUAUUGUUUACAAAUGGUACUUAUGAUAAAUAAAAUACAAACAAUUGAUAAACAAUUGUCAUUAUAAAAUUUUAAGUUUAAAAUUAUUUGCAUGAACGAAUGAAACGUAUCCUGCAUUACUGAAAAUAACACUUUUAUGCAAGAAAAGUAUGUAGUGAGCCGAUAAAAAUUACGAACACGUGUGUAAAUAAGAAUUAGCAUGGAUUUGCUCAAACAGUAUUGUAAAAUAAAGAGCUUUUGUUUUUAUAUAUCAUUGUUACCUUCUGGUAUUGUUGAUCAAAAAUGUAAAUAACUGUUUCUACACUAAAAGUUUAUUGCAGCUAGCAGUAAAAACUUCUUUGAAUGUAACCUCCUUUAUCAGCUAAAGAAAUAGGCUUUGGUGACUAGUAUUUUUGUAAAAUAAAAAAAUAAACCAAAUACUUGUGGGUGAAAUGGUGCCGGUGUAUUUGCCUUCCAACUUGUUAUAUAUGUUGCACGGGCUGACAAAAUGAUUCGUGAUAUGUUCUGAUGAUUGCUUCUUUUCCUUUUUGUAGAACAUUGCAGAAGAAUAUUUUUGAUAAAAAAUAUUAUGUGCAUAUCACCAGCUGAAAUUGUUUUCUUGUAAAUGCAAAAUAAAAUAUUUCUGAAA